AUGCUGAGAUUUCGUAAUAAGAUGGGAACAGAGCAUAGCAAAGAAUGGCGUUGUUUAAUGUGUUUACAUGUUCGCACUGGAACUAUGCUCCUUGGUUCAUGGCAUUUGGUACUGCAUUUACUAGCUUUAGGAUUUUUGGCUGCUGUGGUGAGGGACCCAGCAUUAAUACAAGAUUUUGAACAGGAGCAGGAAUCUUUUGUUGACUGGCGUGACGUAGGAUCUCCUUUACCUACUGCAUUACCCAACAUUGAAUCACCAUCCAGCGCUUAUUCUCAAUAUGCAAUUAAGUCAAAGGAGCGUAGUUUCAUUUACCACGAUAUAGAUGUAGGUGCUCUCGUGACCGUGUGCACUCUGGCCAUCACACUGAUGCUGAUCUAUGGAGCUGCUCGGGGGAAACCUGCGCACAUCCUGCCUUUCUUCUGUCUGCAGAUUUUUGACUUUGUUAUCACAGUGUUGACGGGCAUGGGGUACCUCUGCUAUGUGCGCUCCGUCGACCAGCUCGUGCGCGAGGCCCGCCGCGUGCCCUGGCGCGCCCAACUGCUGUCCCUGCCCGUGCCGGCCUUGGCGUUCGUCAUUCUGUGCUCGUUCCUCAUCGCCAUCUUCAUCAAGGCGUACUUCAUCAACAUGGUGUGGCGCUGCUAUAAGUACCUGACGAUGCGCUCGCACGCCCUGAGCGGCCUGACCCCCUUCGUGAUCUCCGGCGAGGGGUUGGCGAGCCCCUCGGGCCCCGCUCCCGCUCCGCUAUACUCGAGCCUGCUGCCCGACUACGACGAGGCCGUCAAGCAGACGCCGCCGCCCUCGUACCGCGCCGCCACGCUCAUGGCGCAGGUCGACGCGCCUCGGGCCCUUCCGACCCCUCCGGCCUCCGACACCGUCGUGGUGCUGCCGCAGGCGGGGACGCACGCCCCGGUCUAA